CCUCAGUUUUAGCUCUAACAAAAGACUAAGACAUGAUGGGUCAUAUUACAAAGGACACAUUUGAAAUUGAAAUUGUGGUGAGUUGAGGCAAGUCCAUUUGAUAUGAAGUGGAACCCCAUGAAGAGUUGCCUAUAAAUACACAAUUUCAAACACGUCUUUACGUUACUUACCCAUCAAAACUGAAUCCCACCUCCCCCACUGCUCUCUUUCCUCGCCAUCCUUCAUAGAUUCAGAUCCGAUCAUCAUCAUCGUCGUCCUCGUUGUUGUCUCUCUCAAUAUAUACUGCUCCUAUGGCGGUGGUGUCACCAUUAGCAAAGUACAAGCUGGUGUUUCUGGGCGAUCAAUCCGUCGGAAAAACCAGCAUCAUCACCCGUUUCAUGUACGAUAAGUUCGACACCACCUAUCAGGCCACUAUUGGCAUUGACUUCUUGUCAAAAACUAUGUACCUCGAGGAUCGAACGGUUCGCUUGCAGCUGUGGGAUACUGCUGGUCAAGAGAGAUUCAGGAGUCUUAUUCCAAGCUAUAUCAGAGAUUCUUCUGUUGCAGUGAUUGUCUAUGAUGUUGCCAAUCGGCAAUCAUUCUUGAACACUUCAAAGUGGAUUGAGGAAGUAAGAACCGAACGAGGCAGUGAUGUUAUUAUUGUUCUUGUAGGGAACAAAACUGAUCUUGUUGAUAAAAGGCAAGUUUCGAUUGAAGAAGGAGAUGGUAAGGCUCGUGAAUUUGGUGUCAUGUUCAUAGAAACUAGCGCUAAAGCAGGUUUCAAUAUUAAGCCCCUAUUCCGGAAAAUAGCUGCUGCACUACCAGGAAUGGAAACGCUUUCCUCCACAAAGCAGGAGGACAUGGUCGAUGUGAACUUGAAGCCGACAUCAAAUGCUGCCAAUGCGGAGCAGCAAGGAGGAGGCUGCGCAUGCUAGAAACUGUACCAAA